AUGAGUGAAAAGUCAAGCGGGGUGAAGGGCAAGCCACCAGACAAGAAGGAUGGUGUGUCUUCAGAAAGUAGUCAAGUCACAACUAAAGAAAAAACAUCCGCCAGCAACUCUAACGAAAAUGCCACUUUGGUGGAAAACCAAAAGGUCGAGACUAAAGUUUCAGAAAAGGGAAAAGAAUCCCGUAGAGUCACGGAUACCAGAACAACGUCAAAGGUAAAUGGCAUAAAAAGUGGUAGCACGGGUGGUUCAAGGUCCAAAAGAGACGAAGAACGUCGGUAUUAUCCCCCUCCAAAAUCUUCGGGCAGAGGUCGGUACGAAUCGAAAGCUGGGUACCAUGGGUCUACGUCAGCAUCUUCACCAAGGUCGGAUUCAAAACGUUCGGGUGACUCCUCUCGAUAUUUCUCGGAUGAAUCCCGUUUAUCCAAGUACAUCCGCCGUAUCGUAAGAGAAGGUGACAGAGAAAGACGGCUUACAGCAGCUAAGCAAUUCAAGGAUUACCUGAGGACUGGGGAGGGAUCAAAGGCUACUGCCAAGAUAGCAGAUGACAUUUUGGUUGCAUUGCAAGAUAUUUUUUAUGAGAGAACAUCUCGAGAACUGAAGCAAGAGAUUGCUGUUUGUGUUGGGAUUGUUGGAGGAAACAUGGGCCAUGAUGCACAAAGGUAUUUCCAUUGGCUCUUUGACCAGACAAACAAUGUGAUUGAGGAUGACAUUAAAUCUCUUUUUCUGGACUCCCUGCUUGAGGCCUUAAAAUGUGAUGAGAAGAAGCAGUCAUCUGGAAAUUUGAUGCCGAUGGUAAUGACCAAUGUCCAGACAUUACUGGAGAACGCUGACACGCCAGAGUUACUGAUGUCGGUCAUCAAUGUCAUACUUCAUAUAGCCAAGCACUACCAGCAUGUGUUUGACUCUCACUUCAGGGAUACAGUUGACAUCUUGGUAGGAUGGCACAUAGAUUCCACCCAGAAGGACACAUUGAUAAAUUUUACUUCAUCAGCCUUGAUUGAAUUCCACACAUUCUGGGUAUUAGACCUGACCUUUUCUGUCACCCUACUUGGACAGUUCUUGGAAGACAUGGAGGCAUAUGCCGAGGACUUGACCUACAGUGGAUCAGAUCGCGCCUAUGAGGAAGACUGUGUGUGUAAGAUCUCAGCCCUUCUCAAAGUGUUUACAACAGUGGUGAAGAGUCUGGGGGACAGUCUACAGCCUGGGAAUAGUAGUCAGAUCACACGCGAGUAUAUCAUAGAGGUUCUGGACAGAAUCGUGAAGAGUGUGGAAAUAGUUGUGAAGAGCUACUUCUCGGAGUCUGUACUUAUCACAGCCAACCGUUGUGUGUGCCUAUUGGUCCACCAGCUUCAGACAGAUGUUGUUCACAGUAACUGCCUCUUGUCCUUUAUCCUCACUCAAACUGGACGGGUUGACAUAGUCAGCUACAAGUACAUCCACUCUUUACUGACUACCACACAGAAGGUGAUAGAAAUGUAUGGGACCCAGCUUACUGUGUCGUUUCUGUCACAACUUCUGGUGCCUGGCUCCUUACUUCAGCAGUGUCGGUUCUCACAGAGUGAGGAGGUUGUAGAACAAUUGAUGGUGCUGUAUCAUGAUGUCAUGGCCCUAAAGAGUGUUCCAUUGUUGGAGGAGGCUUACAAGUUGAUCGUAGGUGACCUACAGCGUGCCUACAACCUGCUGUUGUUAGAGGCGGAGGAGGGAGUGGUGGUUAAUCUUAUCCCUAACAAUCCUUUUGAGGCCACACACUACACCGUCUUACAGGCUCAGACUGUCUGUGUAUUCAACCUGUGUGCUCUGGCAGAGAUUGGCAACACCAAAAAUAACCUUAUUGCUAUGUGGGCACUCUCUCCCAGCAUAUUUGACCUGAUCAGUCGACAUUUUGAUCCACUGGAGGUGUCAGUGGCUGAAAGAUAUCCAGCCAUACAGUAUGCCAUCCUCAACGCUCUCUUCUCCCACUGUACCAGACAUGGGAAUUUCAUAUCGAGCAGCAGUUUGCUGACACAGAAUUCUUAUAAGGAAGGCUCUGUACUGGCUAAUGUCAGUCCGACUACCAGCAACAAUUUCUCACGGAUUCUUAGACUACUAACAGGACUCCUGGACAGCAACAGUACAUCCUACGAUAGUCGUUGUCUUUGCCUGAAGUGGAUUGGGGACAUCAUCUCAAGUCUAAAUAGUAGCACUCAUAUCUUCUCCAUGGAUGACUUUGUUGUCCUCAUCAGGGUUGUUAUACACCUGGGUCACAGUCAGGACCUCCAGACCACCAUGGCUAUCUGUCUGUGUCUACAGAAUAUCUUCAGGAUGAACAACAAUUUACCAUCAUCUAUAAUGCAGAAAAGUGUCAAGUUGAGUGUGUAUAAGCUGACAGACAACAGGAUGGCGGUUAGAGAGGCAUUCUUCAGAUUACUCAAACUCCUCCCAGUAAAUGUUACAACUAGACUGACUAGCCUGUUACACCUGUGUGAUGAUAGUGACCAGGCGGUCAGUUUACAGGAGGGAGCUGAAGGAGUCACUGCGGCUUGGCUUGCUAAGGGGUAUCACAUGAAUAAGAUCCCUAGCGGGGGUUUCCACUCUCUUAACUUCAGGCAUGUGAUGGCCUUCAUCCUCAACAAUACACAACCUGUACAAUCUGGAAGUUGGAAUUGGCUAGAGGCAAUGUUCUAUAGCUGCCAGCCUUCAACACAGGACCCACGACAUUCAUCUGACAGCUUCAAUCUCAGAGACUUUGUGGAUGGCAAUGAAGGAAUGUUAUGGUUCUGGGCUACUUGGGAGGCAGCUCAGUAUUGUGUAUUAAACCGUCUGAGAACACCACUUGGUAAACCUCAGGACACUUUCACAUCAAUAGAGAGUGUAAUCAAGACAGUUGCCAUUGACAUGCAGAGCCACCUACAGGAGGACACAGAAAAAUCAAAGGGAGACCAUAAGAAAGCCGGAGAGAAGAGUGGACAGGUGGGAUGCCAUCUUAGGGUCCAACUUCUUUUGUCCUUUAUGGAACAGUUGGAGAAGUUACUCUACAAUGCAUAUGAGGGCUGUGCAGCUGCAAUGCCAAUGGCACCCAAGGUUGUUCGAACAUUCUUCCGAACAAACAAAGCCACUUGCUUGGAAUGGUUAUCGAGAAUUCGGUCCAGCAUUAUCAAGAUAGCAUUGCCUGCUGGGAUGCCAGCCAUGGCUGUGAGACAGGCUCAUGAGCUGCUGAGGGAUAUGAAGGAAAACAACAACACACAUACUCCAGAGUUCGAGCAGACGCUUGUAUACCUGGUACAAGCUUUGUGUGACCUGAAACAAGCAGAUGCUGUGAUGGGACUCUACACAUGGUGUAAGGACCUCACUGGCAAGAAGGUUUCAUUGAUCAAGGCUGCUGUAGAGAAAGCUUCAGGACGGUAUGAAAAUGCAGCAGUGGAAUUCAAGUCUGUUUUGAAGACCAUGCUUUCCUCGGACAGCUCUGAGGACUUGAGAGUUGACAUUGAGGGUGGUCGGGCAGCCGGUGAGCUAAUGAUGCCCAAGAGAAUCACCGGAAUUCUCAGUAAACAGACUGCUCAGACACAACAAACACAGCAACAGCAUGACUCCUCUGUUCAGAUCAACAAACUCAACAUGGUCGUCAAUCAGGUGGUAGACUGUUAUCAAAGACUAGGUGACUGGGAGUCAGUGCUGGAAUGGCAGGACAGGGUUGUAGAAUAUCGCCAGGAUACCAGUCACAGUGAUGUUCAGUCUGCCUUCAAAACCAACGUUGACAUGAACUACAUCAAGGCAUUAUCAUCAUUUGAACGUGAGGACUAUAUAGGUGUGAGAGAGAACCUGGAGCUUGUCCCAGGGGUGUCUGACAUCAGUAAGACAGACAAGGCCCACACACCACCACUGUGGAGUCAAACUCAGAAACUGGACCAGGUCCACAGGAACUUUAUUCAGGUGGCUUCACUGAUGAUGGAACAAUCUAGUAGCAAGACUGAUAUGGUUCGCUGUCUUGUCCACGGGGAGAAACUUGCUGAAAACAUGCUGAGGAUCCAGUCGAUGGAGUGGCCACUUCUCAUGUCCCAACAGACUCUCACAGAACUAGCCACCAUCGUAACUCUCCGCCAACAACUAGAUGACAAGAAAAACAAGGUUGUACUGUUGCCAUUAAAUGAGAACCUAAAAUUUGAGGAAGAGGAGCAUGAUGUUAAUACUUUCCUGCAGAUACAGAGGCUGCUGCUUCUACAGCAGCAGCUUCCAGGCCAGGACACACACACUGGCCUGAAGAAUCAGUUGUUCCAGCUGCGACUGUCCACAGCUUCACUAGCACGUAAACAGAGCAACUUCAACCUAGCAGAGGACUUACUUCUUCGUCAGAUAGGUACAAUGAUGAAGGAAACUUCAGACAAUGGUCGAAUGGUUGAUGUAGAUUGCCUGCUGCCAGCACUGACUGGACUCCGUUCACCAAAUCGAGCCAUAAGCCAGUUGGACAUCCUGAAGGUGGAACGUGAAGGUUCAAAACUCCUUCACAGCAUUGGUCAAAACAAGGACAGCAUUAAUGUGUUAAGCAGUAGUGUGGUGGGGUACAUUUGUAGUGACCUUCAAGCAGAAGUCAAGGACAAGACAAGCUUAGUUAAUUGUAGUGAGUUGUCAGCCAGGUCACUCCUCACAUUGGUCAAGUGGCUACAGAUGGACCACAAGAUGCUGGUCAGUGCUGCUAGUCAGCUGAAAAUAGCAGGAGUUACAGAGGACAAAGUGAAGGACAGUAAUGUGUCUAUUUUGGUUCACAACCUGAACCUUUUGCUGGAGACUGAGGAACGUGGGGCCAGGAAGAAACUCGGCUUGGUUUUGGAAGACAGUGAUGAAGUGCUGAAGAUUGGAGACAACCCAAUCUUGUCUGACAUAGACAGUGUAGUGGGGCGAAUCCUUCACCUGGGAACAAUGGAGUCUGCUACACUGAGUAAGGCCUGGUUCUCCCUUGCUAGUUGGUGUUACAAGUGGGGAAGAAAGGCUGUUGACAAUGCCAGCCAUGGGUCAGUGGAACUUCUUACAGAUGAGAAGGCAGAGGUCCUGUCACUACUACCCAAAGGUACUAGUAAUGAGGAAACAGCCAAGGUGUUGAGUGUGCUCAGUCAGAUACACACACAGGUAUCAAACGAGGAAGACAUAGGGGAGCAGGACCAGGAUCUUGGUGAUGAGGGUACAGAAACGACGAGGAAGCAGUUGUUGUCAUGCUGCCUGUCACUACAGAUAGCCUCAGAUGAUUGUAUAGAAGCUCUUCUGAAUGUGUGGAGGGGAGUGGUCCAUCGUGUCUAUCACUACUACCAACUGUCUGCCAAGGCUUACUUCACUUACCUACAACUCAAUGGACUGACAGAAGUGGUUCAGAGUGAUGAAGAUGGUAAUGUGAUUGCAACAUUGCGACUACUUCGACUCCUGGUUAAGCAUGCAUGGGAGCUGAGAAAUGUUCUGGAGAGUGGCCUUGCUAGCACACCCACUGCUCCCUGGAAAGGCAUCAUUCCCCAGCUGUUUUCACGGUUGAGUCACCCUGAGUUUUAUGUGAGACAGAGCAUCUCUGACUUACUGUGUCGUGUAGCUCAGGACGCACCUCACCUUAUUGUGUACCCAGCUGUUGUAGGAAGCUCAUCCACAGACAAGUUUGCUAAAGAACAGAACAGGAACAGCCUUCUAAACAACUAUCUGGCUGAGCAGCUGGAGGAGGGCGGAGAGGAGGAGCAACAGUCCCAGGAGGAGGAAGGGGAGGAAGAGGACCCCUCUACCACCAUGCUUCAGAACUGUCUCACCUCCAUUGUCGACACCCUCGCCGUCAACAACCCAAGAAUGAUAGGUGAAGUAAAACAACUAGUACAAGAGUUACGACGUAUCACUCUGCUCUGGGAUGAACUCUGGCUCGGCACACUCAAUCAACAACACCAGGAUGUCUCGCGCAAACUCAGCCAACUUGAGGCAGAGGUGAAAAAGGUCAUGGCCAACAGUUCUCUGACCAAGGAUGAAAAACUGGCCAUCAUUAAAGAGAAGCACAGAACCAUUAUGAAGCCGACACUGUAUACCAUGGAGAAGCUACAGGAGAUUACCAGUGAGGUGCCUGAGACACCACAUGAGGUGUGGUUUCAUGACACUUAUGGUAAACUCAUCAACGCUGCCAUGGAGAAACUUCGCAACCCCACCAAUCCAAGCCAUCCUAACAGCAGUUGGCAACACUUCAAACAGCUCCAUUCAAGUUUGCAGCAGAGGGCCCAGAAACGUAGCAGUCUUAUACUUCGGAUGGAGAAAAUCAGUCCAAAAUUGGCCUCCCUCAAAAACACUGUGAUUGCCAUGCCAGGUUUAGGUACCUCAGGACGGGUUGUAACAAUAGAAUCUGUGUCUAACACCCUGCAGAUCCUCCCAACCAAGACCAAACCAAAGAAACUUGUUUUCAUUGGAUCAGAUGGCAAAAAAUACCCAUACCUGUUCAAAGGCCUAGAGGAUCUGCAUCUGGACGAAAGGAUCAUGCAGUUUCUCAGUAUUGUCAAUAACAUGUUUGCCAGUGCUUCAAAUGGCGACCAACAAUUGUAUCGAGCACGUCACUACUCAGUAACACCCCUUGGCCCUCGUUCUGGACUUAUACAGUGGGUGGAUGGAGCCUCACCCCUGUUUGGUCUCUAUAAACGCUGGCAACAGAGGGAUGCCCUGGCUCAGGCUGCCAAGUCUGGCAGUGUUAGCAGCUCGACCCAGGCCAAUGCACAACCUAGCAUUGCCCGGCCCAGUGACAUUUUUUAUAACAAACUCACACCAGCUCUAAGGGACAAGGGAGUUACCAAUCUAGAGAACAGGAAGGAGUGGCCACUUAGCGUCCUUAGGACUGUCCUACAGGAACUGAAGGAGGAGACACCAGGAGAUUUACUAGCACGGGAACUAUGGUGCCACAGUACCGGCUCCAAUGAAUGGUGGCAUGUGACCCAAACAUAUGCCCGUUCCACAGCUGUCAUGUCCAUGAUUGGAUACAUAAUAGGACUGGGAGAUCGGCAUCUUGACAACGUGUUGGUUGACUUAGCCACUGGCGAGGUUGUACACAUUGACUACAAUGUUUGCUUUGAGAAGGGGAAGGGCCUUAGAGUUCCAGAGAAAGUGCCAUUCCGGAUGACACAAAACAUAGAAAUGGCUCUUGGAGUCACAGGAAUUGAGGGAACGUUUCGUAUUGCAAGUGAGCAUGUGAUGAAGACGAUGAGAAAAGGGCGAGAGACACUCCUGACACUGUUAGAGGCAUUUGUCUAUGAUCCUCUGGUCGAUUGGACAACAGGAAAUGAGGGUGGUUAUACAGGGGCUUUCUAUGGUGGGGGAAUUUCCACUCUCGGUAAUGCAGGGGAGGGCCGACAGACAAAGCAUGAAAUGGAAAGGGAGAUAACCACUAGUAUGUUUGCUAUCAGAAUGGCUGAAAUGAAAGCAUCAUGGCAAAAAAACAGAGAUGAGAUGGUAGCGGCCCUUCCAAAGCUACAACAACAGGUACAAGGAUGGCUUGGUAUAGCUCAGGCUUACUACACAAACCUGGGAAAUCUACAGAGCAUGAAGGAUUUGAAGGAGCUGCUGAGUGAAGCUCUCACAGACCUUAGUAGUACAUUAUUUUCUCUUAAGGACAGAUAUGACGAUUACAUGGUGGUGAAGACAACAAGAGACAGUGUAAACGAUGUGAUGAGGGAGAAGAUUGAGGAGUUCACUCAUUGGCAGGAGCUUCACAAGCAUGUCAUCCAGUCAUUGCAGAGCCACAGCUUCCAGAAGAUGUGUGCUAAUGUCACCAAUCCGCCUGGUCUAGGUGCUCCAAGUUUUGCUGCUGCAUCCGAGUUCCUCCAGGGGGCAGGACAGAACCAAAUAGUUUUACAGUGUGAACAGUUGGAGACUGAGAUGACUGGCUACAUGCAGCUACAGAGGUCCAACCUCCACCAUGCUAUAGAUGUCCUCCACACCUACGCCACAAUUGUGUCACAGUUUGGGACAACUUUUGCUGACCAAAACAGAACAUGUCAUUAUUUGUGCUGGCUUCAGGAAUUACAGCAUGAUUUUACAAGUGAAAGAUGUACAGAGAUUGUAAACGAGUUUCACAAAUUAUAUGGUAAUUCAGUCAUACCAGCAGUGAAAAUACAACUGAUCCUCAACACAGAGACCAAGCUUCAGGCGAUCAGUGCUGACAUCAAUGUCCGCAUUGUUAAACUGAUAGAGAGGAGGAGUACAGAAACCAUGGAAACCAGUGUACUCGAGCUCCAGAUUCAGGAAAAUGCUAAAAACCUAAAAUGUUUUGUACAAGAGAAUGGAUCAAGUGGAUGCUGUAGUCUUAUGGCAUGGAUCAUUGCUGCCCUGUGUACUCUCAACAAACGCUACAACCAGAUGGAGGGAGCUGCAGCAGGUGCUGGUGACCGCCUGAUGGACCUGACAUCAAGGGAUGGUGACUGGUUCCUGGACGAGCUGUGCAGUAUGAGCAGUAACAUCAUGCACUAUAUAGACAUGCUCAAAAUCAAUACUUGGGUGAGCAGUCUUGAACAUUUUAAGUCCCUGGACCAAGCCCUGAUGUCUACACACAAUGUGUAUAUAGCCUUGCAGGAACUCAACAUGAACUUUCGCACAAUCAUCCUUCCUGAGGCUCUGAAAGCGAUUCAAGGCACUGAGCCAAGCGUGUGCUCUGCCUUGGAGGGGUUGGAGCGUAUGUUUGCUGAUGCCAGUCACCCACUGGAGACAAUAGUCUCUCAGCUUGAAAUUCUCCACAGGAAUGCUAUCAUGGGGAUUGAGAAUGACAACAUGGAAAUGAUGACAGCAGUAAAGAGGAUGCGACUUCAGUAUGAUGACUUACUAGAGGGCCAGGACGUUGAUUCAAAGGAGCUGAGUCCUGGCCAGAUGUUACUGAUGGGUUUUAACGGCCUGUUUACACGCCUGGAACAUGAGUUCUCUGACUUGAUGGAGGCGAUGGACUAUCUACAGGUUCCGGAUGUCUGGCGCAAAGUGGAUGCGGUUAGGGAGGGCAAGUCCAUGCAGCUUUCCUCCUUCACACGAAGCACCAGGGGAUACCUUUCAAGUCUCUUCUUCAUCCGACAACUUCAAGCCAUGAGAGAGUUCUUCCACAUGUGUACCCAAUUUGCCAUUAAUCUUCAAGGCUUAGAGGGUGGUAACUGCUUUGAUGAUGAACAACUGUCCAAACCCAUUAAGAAGUUCAUCGCUGAAUAUGUCAGGAAACAGGUGAUCGGAUUCCCAUCACAAAUCCUUGGUUACUUGGUAUGUGUGUUUGUGAAUGCCCUGGGCUUGAAUGUAACAGCAGAGAUUGAUCUGAAAGAUGUAGGAGCAGAGUCCAAAGUCCCACUAGAGGACUUGAGGAAGAAAGCUGUGGAUGUGUGUCUUCGGAAUGGUCAAUUCCAGCACUUACAUUUUACCCAGGCUAGCGCAUUGACCAAUACAUUAGAUACAUCCUGGAGAAGGCAUGACCUUGCCAGGCGGCUAGAUUCCAACAUUGAAGUGAUGAAGGCAAGCCUGCAACGAGCUCAUCUCCAGCUGACUCGCCUGCUUUGGCUGCAUGAGGAUGCUUUCUCACAAGGCGGUCUUCACGUCAAUACACUUGCUAUACCCAAUCGCUCAACUGUCAUGUCAGAAAUGAGAAAGUGUAUGCAGUCACUAGUGGGACAAGAGAGUGGCUUCAGUUCGUGUCAGGCGCGAUAUGCUCAGCUGGAGGCUAGCAUUAUACAGAGGCUGAAGUGGGCAGCUGGGGCUAAUCCUUCACUAAACCUCAUUCUUCAACAGUUUGAGGAGGACAGCACUUACAGGAAACAGUUGUACGAGGAGGAGAGUAAACAAUGUACUGAGGUGGUCAGUUUGUGCCAGGGAAUACUUCACCUGGAGGCUUUACGUACCAGGACACCUGAGGCUGUUACCUCAGACACAAACUUCCUCAGUCUCAUCAACAGAUGUAAUGACAGUUGUGUGAUAGCAUCGUCCACAGACAGCACAGUGACAGAGCUAGAGAUACUGCUGAUGAGUACCAAGCCUCCCAGUGAGGAUGAGACGACAAAUCAUGCCUGGUUACAGGAAUGUCAUGAAGACAUUACAGAACAGAUCACUCUCCUCAAACAGGAAGUCGACACCCUGAAAAAGGAAAUGGACAUCUCUAAGGAUAACAUCAAGAAAGAGUCCUUGUCAAUUCGUGGGAUUCUGAGUACCCAUCACAAGCUAAUGUCAGAGAUCAGAACCAUACUCAAGUCUAUGGCCAAGCAGGAAGAACAGGACAUGGGAGACAUAUCAGUAGCGGGUAGUGUACGAGAGUACUUGUCCAUUUACAAGAACUUCUCCGAAAACUUCACCACUGCUCUCAAGAUUGUCAUCACGGAGGAUGUUCUCAAGGAAGGAAUGGCUGAGGCAGACUCAAUUAUAGAUUCACUUAUUAGUCAGGUGUCACAGAUUUAUGACGACCUUGUCAACCUGGCUCCACCUUUGCUUUCUCUCGAGGAUAACCAACAGUCUGCAGACUACAAUUUUGUUCCAGCUUUGAAGAAGGCAGAAAUCAGAGACAUGCCAAGUCCAUCAAGGAAAGGGACACAGGCACAGCGAGAUACUAGUAACACCCCUCCCUACAGCUCACAAGCUGGUGCCCUCGCAAAGAUCACAGGGCCAGUUAGUGUGAAGAAAGCUGAGAAGUUGUCAAGAGAUCCUAGGACUGGUAAAGCCAUCCAAGAGAGGAAUUCAUAUGCAGUCAGUGUGUGGAGAAGGGUCAAAAUGAAACUGGAUGGACGAGACCCUGAUAUAAACAAGAGGUUGUCUGUGGCAGAACAGGUGGACUAUGUUAUCAAGGAAGCCACCAACAUGGACAACCUGUCGGUGUUGUACGAGGGAUGGACACCCUGGGUGUGAAUGACCAAUGGAAGUAUAUUCCAGGCCAAAGUCAAAGUCGCUACAGGCAACUAAUCCUCGCAGACCAUUGGUCCAAUCUCUACAAGCCGUGCAGUCGCUGACUUGCGGUUUAAAAUGAGUGGAGAGGAUGUCUGAAGACCAGCUGUACAUCCAAGCGGAUUGUCAAGCGUGACCAUCACAUAGAAAGCUCAACAGAUAUAUGCUCUCGGGCCCUGCCGGAGGGCCCAGUAAACGAGAGCGAGUUUUGCUUUUCCUGUGGAGAUAGCUCUGAUAAUAUAUAAAAUUAAACAGUACAGCUAACAGCACUAAAAUGAUCUGUCGCACAAGAAGGAAGCCAUCGGUUAUUAGUAUAGACGUAACGUUGUAAAAGAAGUUAAAAGGAAAGAAGAAAAAGAAAUGACACUCUGGUGACUCGUUUUGCAGUAAGAUAGCAAGAUGAUUUACCAGGAAUUCUUAGUGGAGACUUAGGGUAGAUUACAGAUGAAGUGGUGUGAGCAGACGUCAGACACAAGUUUAUUGAGAGCAGAUGUCAACACCAAACUUUUUUUUCCCAAGAAAAAAGUUUUGCUGCAUAAAGAAGAAGAAAGAGACCUUAGAAUUUCCAUAUGUAAUUCCAGAAGAUGGUUUUACUGUGUGGGAUGGCAGAUGUAGUUCUGAAAUCUGCUGGCAAGAGGGAAAAUCUGACACUUGAUUUGGAAGUGCAAAAAUAGAGAAAAAAAAAAGGACUGAUGUUGUAAAUAUAGACAAGAAAUUGUCAACCUUGUACCUAUGUAUGAGACAUGGAGCACAGACUCUGACAAGCCAUAUAGUAUAAAAGCUUGCCUAACAGAAGCAAAUCUGGUGGUUUGGGUGUCGUGAGUACAGCGUUAGAUACUUUAUGGUUUGUAAGGAGCUUGUCUACUUAUGUAAUUGUAUUGUCUGAUGUAAAAAAUAAAUUAUGGUUUUGUGUUUUCAACAUUGUUAAUAUGUUAAGAUUUUUUCAUAUUUAUUUUCCUUCUUCAUCAUAAAUGUGGUAGGUUUAUAGGACAAAUAUCCGUGUAAACAUUCAUCUGCUGCAAAUGAUAACCAAUACGAAAUAUAACUUUCAUAUAAAAUUGAUAUUCAUGCUAAAUACCUGAGUGUAAAAUGAUAUAUUAGUCAAAUGAAAGUGAGAUAGUUAAAAAUUUCAGUGUUCUUUAAAAUAUAAUGCAAUAUUUAUGUUAUAUGUUACACCAAGCAGAAUCCCAACCUGUGUAUUAUGUUGAAAACUAUUUAAGAAUGUAUAACUUCAGUUGAUGCUAUAUUCAUGAUAAAACAGCAGUGAUAUAAUUAUUAUGCUUUAAUGCCAAUUCAUCCUUUGAUUAAUUUAUUUCACAUGGUUUUUGACAAUCACUUGUUAAAUAUGGAUGCAUUUUAUGAAACAAAACAUACAAUGUUGUUGCAUUUGCAGAGGUUAGAACACCUUCACAGGGCAUUUAAAGAAUAGUUUAUCACCCGUGUCUUAUAAAAGAUUGUUUUAUUUCAAACAACUCUUCCUCUAAUUUUUGUUUAUCUUGGAUUGUUUUUUUUUGCAAGAAUUUAAAAUUGUCAAAGGAAUAGAUGCUACUCAUGAUUUUGAAACUGUUGAAAAAGUAUUGUGAAUUUCUGUAGAAAUCUUGCCAACAGUGUUCCAAUUAGUCUUCCAUUAAGAGCAUUGGAAGAAAAAGUACUAAAAGGAAACUUGUUUCAUACUAAAAACAAUUAACAUUUUUUAACAUAUGCUGAUUGACUGUAUAUACAUGCCAGCAAAAUUCUCACAAGUCUUCAUAGCUAACAAUUAUGUCGUCUUAAAUAGGACAUUUUAGAUAAAGCUUAAAGGUGAAGAUAGGCAAUACUUAACUGUUGAAGCAUUGAUAUAAAUAUUUGUUAGCCUGGUGUUAAAUUGUGUUACUCUGUAAACACGAGCUAUAAAAAAGUACAUACGAUUUACCAGAACUGUGAAGUUUAGCUGCAAUACUGAAAGAGAUACAGUUUAUUGAUGCACUGAAGUAUGCCCAUGUUAGAAGUGUGGAAAUGUUCAAUUACAGAUAGCUCCAUGAAGCUCUGAAAAAUGGCAAAAGUCAGUUGCAGACUGCUUAUACAAGUCCUGAAAUACGGCAAUGCUCAAAUGCAGGCCACCUAUGGCAGUGUUCAAGUGCAGACUGCUGAUUAGUGCUACGGCUGAGCUCUAAGAUCUUCAGUAUGUCAGAGCUAAAAUGCAGAUCGGUGUUGAAGCUCUGUUUAAUACAGAUUGGUCAUUAAAGCUUUGAAAUAAGGAUCAGCUACUGAUCAUUUUGUGAGGGUGCUGGCAUGCCAUACAUAACAAUCAGAGCAAAUAUUGUUAUGCUCGAGUGCAGAAUUUUGUAUCAAUAUGUUGAUAUGUUAAGUAACAUCCAUCACAAGAUAUUUCUGAUACUAUGUACUUGUUCAUUAAAGCAUUAUGAUGGCAUUAUUUGUAUUUUACAUAACAUCAUACCUUUUACAAAACUUAGAUUGUUAAUUUUUUUUAGUUAUAAAAACUGAGUUUAAAUUAAAAUUGUAUUCUGAUGAUUUAAUUUUUAAGUUGAUUUAAUCAACUGAAAGCCACAUAACAUUGCUGCCUUUGAAUACAGUAAUGUCUACUUUGAUGUAACACACGUUUGAUAUCAUGACUAGUGCAAUCCUGAAGUGGUUUAGCAAAUACCAACUGUCUGCCUCCAGUCUUUCUUUACCAUGUGUUUGAUUGCAGUUAUGUGUUGUUUUAACAUUUGCAAUGGAUCCUUUCAGAGAAAAAUUGUGUCUUUUAACAUCUGUGCAUUUUGUGCCCCAAACAUUUGGGGGGUGGGAUGGGCAUAUAGUGUUAGCUGUGUUUUUUCCUUUCAAUCCGUUACGAAUCAACAACAUAUCUUUAGAGCCUUGCAACAGACUUUGAUUCAUAUUUUACCCCUUAUCUCAGUAAAAUCAUCAAGGUCUAAGGUCACCUAAGGUCACAUUUGAAAGCUUCUGCAAAAUUCAUUUAUCAGUGCUGAUCAUGUCUUAUGGAUAUUUCCUAAAAAAAAAAAUUUUUUUUUUGUAAUUCAUUAAUAUUUUUCAAUAUUUUUCAAUAUUUUUGGAAUUUUAUUGUAUAACUCAUUAUAACUUCCACAUUAUAUUGUAUUUUAAUUUUGUAUCCUUAAUAAUUCAUUGAAAAAUUUUGUUACAAUACACUGGAAUAGUAGAUGUAGCAUUUGUUUGGUUUCGGACUAUUUUGAAUUCACUUACUUUCUCUCAUCAUCUCCUUUAAAAGCACCAAUAUCCAAAUCAUUCACCACUUCUAUCAGAAAUCUAUGUGCAAUUGAACAUGAAAUUUAGUCUUAGUGAAGAAGUACAAGAACAUCAGGUCAUGAAAUUAAGUGUUAGCAAAAAAAAAUUGAAGUGAAACGAAUUUCUAGACUUAAGUUAACAUUAAAGUAUGUGGAAGUUUUCCCAGUUUUAAUUUUGUCUUUUUUGCCUCCAGAUCGGACAUGAUUAUCAAGUCUUUAAUAUUGUGUCAAAGUAUUGCUCAUUAUCUAUUAUAUUCUAAUUUGAGAAGCAAGACUAAUCAUAAUCAUUUGUUUUAGCAACUAUUGAUAGACACUUUCAUUGAAAUCCUAAUCCUAAUUAAUAAUUAAAACAAAAAAAUUCUCUUUUUUCCUAAUAUCUUUGAAUUAAUUGGUAAUUAAGACAUACUUGCUAUUGUAAUGAUGUUUCACAAAGUCUAACAGAUUGGGUUUAGUCAAAGUGAAAUAUCUUUAUUUUACGAAGUCAAAAUUAUUAAUCAGAAAAAUGACUUGUUAGAACUCAAAUUUAUGUUGUAUUAUGGUAUUUCUGAAUAUUUUUGCAUUGAAUAUGUCGAAAUAAUAUUCUCAUGAUGUAAACUUAAUAUGAAAGCACGCUGAAGAUGUAUCCCAUUCGAAGUGAAAGAAUUCUUUGCCUAACUGGAAACCUCGAUGUGUAGAUACAUUAUAUAUCUAGAUAUUUUGGAAUGCAUUUUAGGCAUGUUUGUCUGUAUAAGCCUUAAUGACCAUGUGUUUUCACUUUUGGCUUGUAUGGAUGGCAAUGCAAAAUUGGAAGGCAAUGUUUGUUAGAGGCUGAAGAAACAUAAAGAAAAUAUGAUUCAAUAUGUUUGGAAGUUUCAGAGAGGGAAAAAAUUAUUGACAACACAUGAAGUGACAUUCUUAUUGUUUUGAAGACAACAGCAGUUUAAAAAGAGAAGGGAAACCACUAGCCAUGCAAGUGUGUGUGACUCCAGAAAGCUACAAAUUGAAAUGGCUGACAACAUGUUAGCGAGAUAAUAAACACAUGGCAGGGAGAUGCCUACUCUGACCAAGGAUUUGACAUGUCAGAGGACAUGGAAGGGAGAUAACUGUGGAGGACUCAUACCAUAACAUUGCUUGCCUUACAUAUAUCUGAUUUAUCUGUAACAAUGCAGUCUGAAGGUAUAGAAUUGGUCUGCAUCAUUAGUCAUGCUUCAUAUGUAGGAAUUGCUGCAUGUUAAUGUAAAUAGCUUUGAAGUGUUUUUUUUUCUCUCUCUCUUCGAUUUAUUGGUGUUUGUUUGUAAUAAGAAUAAAGGAAAUCUAUUUUCCAUAA